CGUAAAUUUAAUUUGAUCUCAUUUUUCACCGCUUUUUGGUUUUUUGUUUUCUUCCUUUGGAAAAAUACGUGGGGUUGGUAUUGACAGGGCGUCGUGGUCGUGGUCGUGAGGAUUUUCUGUUCGGUGGAGAGGAAGGGGAAAGGGAUUUUUUCAAAAUUCCUCGCCGCUUUUUGGAAGAAUCGAGAAGAAGAAGAAAUGACGCGACCGCUACUGCUGCUGCUGCCGCUGCCGGCGAUGCAAUUCGUCGGGCUCGCCGGCGGGUGGUGGAACGAGAUCAACGAGUCCACUCAGUGGCAGGACGGGAUUUUCUACACUCUCUCCGGCGCUUUUUCCCUCGUCUCACUGAUUGCCUUGAUUCAAUUAAUUAGGAUCGAGUUGAGAGUGCCGGAGUAUGGCUGGACCACGCAGAAAGUAUUCCACCUUAUGAACUUCAUUGUUAAUGGAGUACGAGCCCUGGUGUUUGGAUUUCACAUGCACGUGUUCGGUUUGCAUCCCAAGGUCUUAACGUUGCUAUCGCUGGAUCUGCCCGGGCUCCUGUUCUUCUCUACAUACACCCUGCUUGUUCUGUUUUGGGCUGAGAUAUAUCACCAGGUUAGUGCAAGGAGUUUGCCGACAGAUAAGCUCAGGGUUUUCUACAUUUCCAUAAACGCCAUUAUAUACUGUAUACAGGCUGUCAUCUGGGUAUACCUGUGGGUUAAUGACAACAGUGUUGUGGAGUUGAUUGGGAAGAUAUUCAUUGCAGUGGUAUCCAUUAUUGCUGCAUUAGGAUUUCUGUUGUAUGGAGGAAGACUCUUCUUCAUGCUGAGGCGCUUCCCAAUCGAAUCGAAAGGGAGAAGGAAGAAGCUUCACGAGGUUGGAUCAGUAACAGCAAUUUGCUUCACAUGCUUCCUUAUACGAUGCUUUGUGGUCCUUCUAUCCGCUUUCGACGCAGACGCUUCCCUUGAUGUUCUGGAUCAUCCAGUCUUGAACUUGAUCUACUACACGUUGGUUGAGAUUCUGCCAUCAGCUCUGGUGCUUUACAUCCUCCGAAAGCUGCCUCCGAAGAGAGUAUCAGCCCAGUAUCAUCCGAUACGCUAGCUGCUUUUCCCAUGGGUUUUUCAUAUUCCGCACAUUAGAUCAACCACACCGCCUUCAUUGAAAGCCCCUUUUCAUCUUUUGAAUGUGAUGUCGGGUCAAGGGCAAGUGGUGCAGCAGCUGCAGUUCCAAGGAAACAACCCAGAUUGUCUUGUUACUGUAGUAAGAAUAGGCCCAUAAUGGCGGCGGUGAAUGUUUGUAAGCGUUUGUCAACACCGCUGGCUUUCAGGUUGUUGAAGGGAAGAAGCUUCCUCUCUCUUCUCCUUUUCCAAUUUCCUUUUGUUGCCUUUUUUUGUUUCUGCUAUGGACCGUCUGUAUGCAGUGGAAACAAUAUUAUGUAGAAGAAAAAUCUUUUAGUAGGGCUUUAGUUUCGAAUUAGUUUCUGAGAGCUCGGGGGACUUUAUGUCAGUGUAGUACAAGGAGGUUUGGUUUGCUGAGUUCGGAUCGUAUUCAUGUUUGUUAAUUCGUAAUCUACUAAUCUGUUUAUGUGUUCCUGAUAAAUUUGCCUCUCAUUUCUUGGCUUGAGAUUCAAAUUGGCGAAAUUGCCAAAUCCCAGAUUACUUGUGCGCUUCUUUUGUGUUUCGGCUUCACAUGAGCGUCCAUUGAUGUUCGUAGUUCAGAU